UCACAUAGUGUCAUCCAUCCCAUUUUGCAGUCUGAGGAGGGCAAGGUCUGAGCCAGCAUGGAGACAGAAUCUCCUCUUAGAGGAAAAACUUUCUGCCCAACACAAUUUACUUCAAGAAGUGCACGAUGACAGAACGUGGAAUUAAAUGGGCUUGUGAGUAUUGUACAUAUGAAAAUUGGCCAUCUGCAAUUAAGUGUACCAUGUGCCGUGCUCAGAGGCCUAGUGGAACAAUUAUUACAGAAGAUCCAUUCAAAAGUGGUUCAAGUGAAGUCGGUAGAGAUUGGGAUCCUACGAGCAUCGAAGGAGGAAGCAGCCCUUUGAUAUGUCCAGAUUCUAGUGCAAGACCAAGGGUUAAAUCUUCUUACAGUAUGGAAAGUGCAAAUAAAUGGUCCUGCCACAUGUGCACGUACUUGAACUGGCCAAGAGCGAUAAGAUGUACUCAGUGCUUGUCCCAGCGUAGGACCAGGAGCCCCACAGAAUCUCCUCAGUCUUCAGGAUCUGGUUCAAGAUCAGUUCCCUUUUCUGUUGAUCCUUGUGAAGAGUACAAUGAUAGAAAUAAACUGAACACGAGAGUACAGCACUGGACUUGUUCUGUAUGUACAUACGAAAACUGGGCUAAGGCCAAGAAAUGUGUGGUAUGUGAUCAUCCCAGACCUAACAACAUUGAAGCAAUAGAACUGGCAGACACAGAAGAGGCUUCUUCAAUCAUAAAUGAGCAAGACAGAGCUCGAUGGAGGGGAAGCUGCAGUAGCGGUAAUAGCCAAAGAAGAUCUCCUCCUACAACCAAACGAGAAUCAGAAGUGAAAAUGGACUUCCAAAGAAUUGAAUUAGCUGGAGCUGUUGGCAGCAAGGAGGAACUUGAAGUUGACUUCAAAAAACUAAAGCAAAUAAAAAAUAGAAUGAAAAAGACUGAUUGGCUAUUUCUAAAUGCUUGUGUGGGAGUUGUAGAAGGUGAUUUAGCUGCUGUUGAAGCAUAUAAGUCCUCAGGAGGAGAUAUUGCACGCCAACUUACAGCAGAUGAAGUACGCCUGCUAAAUCGCCCUUCUGCUUUCGAUGUGGGAUACACACUUGUACAUCUGGCCAUACGUUUUCAAAGGCAGAAUAUGCUAGCAAUUUUGCUUACAGAGGUAUCGCAACAUGCGGCAAAGUGCAUUCCAGCAAUGGUGUGUCCAGAGCUUACAGAACAAAUCCGGCGUGAAAUUGCUGCGUCUCUUCAUCAACGAAAGGGAGAUUUUGCUUGCUAUUUUUUAACUGACCUCGUAACAUUUACAUUACCUGCAGAUAUUGAAGACUUACCACAAACAGUCCAAGAGAAGUUAUUUGAUGAAGUACUUGAUAGGGAUGUUCAGAAAGAACUAGAAGAGGAAUCUCCCAUUAUAAACUGGUCUUUGGAAUUGGGUACGCGUUUGGAUAGUAGACUAUAUGCACUUUGGAAUCGGACUGCAGGGGACUGCCUGCUUGAUUCAGUACUACAAGCUACCUGGGGCAUUUAUGACAAGGAUUCGGUGCUACGGAAAGCUCUUCAUGACAGUUUACAUGACUGUUCACAUUGGUUUUACACCCGUUGGAAAGAGUGGGAGUCAUGGUACUCCCAAAGCUUUGGUUUACAUUUCUCACUGCGAGAGGAACAGUGGCAGGAAGAUUGGGCGUUUAUACUCUCUCUUGCUAGUCAGCCUGGCGCAAGUUUGGAGCAGACACAUAUUUUUGUACUUGCACAUAUUCUUAGAAGACCAAUUAUAGUUUAUGGAGUAAAGUAUUAUAAGAGUUUCCGGGGAGAAACGUUAGGAUAUACCCGUUUUCAAGGUGUAUAUUUACCUUUGUUAUGGGAACAGAGUUUUUGUUGGAAAAGUCCUAUUGCUCUGGGCUAUACAAGGGGCCACUUCUCUGCUCUGGUUGCCAUGGAGAAUGAUGGUUAUGGCAAUCGAGGUGCUGGUGCUAAUUUGAACACUGAUGAUGAUGUUACCAUUACUUUUUUACCAUUGGUUGACAGCGAGAGGAAAUUACUGCAUAUUCACUUCCUUUCUGCUCAAGAGAUAGGUAAUGAGGAGCAGCAAGAAAAGCUGCUCAGAGAAUGGCUAGACUGCUGUGUGACAGAGGGUGGAGUCUUUGUUGCUAUGCAGAAAAGCUCUCGUCGCCGCAAUCAUCCCCUGGUCACACAAAUGGUAGAGAAGUGGCUUGACCGUUACCGACAGAUUCGCCCUUGUACAUCCCUUUCUGAUGGUGAGGAAGAUGAAGACGAUGAUGAUGAAUGAUGAAAUAAAAAUAAAGUAUCAGUGCAUAGUGUCUGAUGACCCCAAAGUUAGAGUCGUGCUCUAGCAGUUUGUUAUGGAUUGACUUAAAUCUAGCAGAAGCAUGCUGAAAGGAUUUUACUUACCAGCAUGGGGAGAGUAUAGAGGUUCAUCUGCUGUGUGAAGAGAGCUAAAUUGGUUGGACUACAGUUUGUAAAAACAAAAACAAAAAACUAAUUUUAUUAUCAAGACAAAACAUUUGUUUCUUUCCAGUUGCAAAUCUGUCUAUAAAUGUAUCGCAUGUGGUUGUGUAAGAAGUUGUGUAAUAGGAAAAAAGUAUACCAGCAUCUUAAUUAUUGAGAAGAAAUUUCUUUCAAAUAAGGGCACUUACAAAAGCACAUGUUAGAUGGAUAUUUGUUCCUUUUGAGACUUACUUUUACAGUAGAACUUGUAUUCUACAUCACUCUUUAAAUAUUCUGACACAUUUUCUUGAAAGGCCAUUUUGUGAGAUCUCACUAGUGCCCAGGUCAGAUGGUGAGGUUUAUUUUUUUGUUUGCACAAACUAUCCAGAGCAAGUCAGAAGUACAAACAAAGUUCAUUAUUUUAUUAAUAUUUUAGUUACUGUUGUGCCCAUUAUAAUAAAAUCAAAUCUUUAAGGAACAAA